AUGGCAUCGCUACGAAUCGCUUACAAGACCGUCGACAAUGUCGAAAUCCCGACCGACAUCUACUUCCCAGAAAGUGCUGGACCCAAACCAGCGCCAGUUCUGAUCAUGAUUCACGGCGGUGCUUUCAUGCUCGGACACGCAGGUAUCAACAGCAAAGACCAGAUCCAAGACUGCACAGAAAGAGGCUGGGUUGUCCUUGCGAUCGAACAUCGACUAUGCCCGGGCGUCAAUGUGUUCGACGGACCGAUGGCAGAUAUGCGUGAUGCGCUCUCAUGGGCGCAGAACGGCGAUCUUGCAAAAGCGUUGAAAGAGAACGGGAGAGAUGUGGCUAUUGAUGCGGAGAGGAUCAUGGUAAUGGGCACGAGUUCUGGUGGGCAUCUUGCGCUCUCCACGGCCUGGAACUCAGACAAACAACCCCUAGCCAUUCUGGACUUCUACGGAGCGAAAUGCUUCGCGGACCCCUUUUGGACAAAGCCUAUGCCGGACAUGCCCAAGCACUUCUACGACCCUCUCUCAGACGCCGACGUCAAAGCCGUCUACGACGAGAAAGCCGUCUUCAUCGGUGGUCUGUCCCUUGAAGGCCAAGCAUCUGACCCCAAUCACUCAAACCCUAAGCAACGGCAGGGCUUCGCCAUGCAUCAAAUUGCCACAGGAAACGUCAUAAACGCUAUUUGGCCUUCCUAUCCCUCAAACCUGGAACGUAUCGACCCCAUCCUGAAUGUCAGGGAGACAUGGCCGCCCACAGCGAUCGUGCACGGUACGGCUGACACUACGAUUCCAAUGCGGCUAAGCAAAGAGUUUCAAGAGAAGCUCAAGGGGAAAGGUGUGAAGACGGCGUUCUUCGAGGUCGAGGGUGAGUCGCAUACUUUUGCCGGCAAGAUGGUCAAGGGGAGUAAGACUUGGGACAGCCAGAGGAGAGGGUUUGAUUGGUUGGAGGCGAGGCUGAAGGAGAGCUAUGUUUAG